GGUGGAAUAGUAUUUUUUCUGAUCGGCCAACUUCGACAAAUUAUAGCACAUCGAUCGACAACCAUUUAUCAUUCAUACUAUUUGAAGUCAAAAAUCGUUGUUCUCUCCUUGUUGUCAACAACCGCGGAAGCUGCAGCUACCCCUCAAACCCCUCACUGUUUAUUAUCAGGGAUCCACUCGGACGGUCCGAAACAAUUAAUAAGAUGGAGGGGUGAUAAUAAUAAUGGACUGUUCGCUAUAAGCAUGGAACCAAACUGUACUAAUUCCAUGUCUUUGCAGCUGUGCGAACCAGUACUACAGUGAACGAGGGUGCAUAACAAUUGCCCGCCAUCAUGGCUCCGAUACAACAAAAGGCGUUGAUCAACUGCGACAUGGGAGAGGCGUACGGCAACUGGGUGUGCGGCCCAGAUCUCGAACUACUCCCAAUGAUCGAUAUAGCCAACGUCGCUUGCGGCUUCCAUGGUGGCGAUCCCCUGAUCAUGAUGGAAACGGUCAGAAACUGUAAAGCGCACAAUGUCAAGAUCGGAGCGCAUCCUGGCCUGCCCGAUCUCCAAGGUUUCGGUCGACGCGAGAUGAAGCUUAGCCCGGACGAGCUGACUGCCAUGACCAUUUAUCAGGUCGGGGCACUGAAGGCCUUCCUGGACCGCGAGGGCGUACCUCUCAACCACGUCAAGCCGCAUGGGGUGCUGUAUGGGAUGAUGGCUCGGGAUUAUGAGGUGGCCAAAGCAGUCAUGCUUGGUAUCCCAGAGGGCGUUCCCGUGUUUGGACUGGCGGGAACAUGCAUGGAACAGGCUGCUAAUGAUCUGGGGAUUGAGUUCUGGGCUGAGCUGUACGGUGAUGUCAAGUAUGACUCGAAGGGGAUGCUGGUCAUUGACCGUAAGAAGAAACCGUGGGAUCUGAAGGACGUGGAGAGGCACGUCCGGCAGCAGCUGGAGGAGCAGUCGGUUACUGCGACUGACGGCUCCAUCGUAUCGCUGCCAUUAAAAAAUUAUCCGCUGUCAAUCUGUUGCCAUUCCGAUUCCCCUGGCUGUGUCGACAUCAUUACGACGACGAGGAAGGUGGCGGAUGAUUUCAAUCGGAAGUAUGGGAAAUAGAUGAUUGUCACGAUGAUUGUCAUACCGUGCUGUAUUUAUAUAUCCGCGGGGGUGUGAAAUUGAUUUUCUAAUUUUC